AUGGCUACUGGAUAUAGUGAUCGUACAAAUAGACGCAUUGGUUUUUCGGCGUUCGUUGUUCAAAAUAGGGAUGAUCAGCAUUCGACUAAUCCUGAUGAUAUGACACUUAAAAUAGUCCGCGAACUUAAGCGUAUUGUUCAAAAUAAAAUCAACCAAGGUGACACGAUAACUCAACCAAUUUUUGAGUUAGAAGUUGCCAAGAUCAAACGUGACUAUGAUCCUUAUCAAUGUGAUAUUGAACGAUUGAAAGCGCAACUUCCACAUGAUAUUAAAAAUUGUCCCGAUUCUAUUUUACGUGUAUCAAUGGCCUAUGGAAAUGAUCCACAACAAAUAGAAUCGGUAAUAAAAUCGAAAAUGAAAAUCAUAGAUUCAAACGAUAAUAUUGAUGCUGGUUUACUCGAUAAUAUUAUAGAACCGUUAAAACUGCUCAAAAAAGAUAUGGAAAGAAAUCCAAUAAGAAAUAUAUUCAAUGCCGUUCAUAACAUAAAUGACCAUAAUACCGAUCGUGUCGAUCGUUUAUUUCUUAGUGAAGUUCAUCAUUUCACUCCUAGCUUACGAGACUAUAAAUUUGACAAUGCUCAUAAAGCAGUACAAGCUAUUCGUAAUACAACAUAUGAAUCAAACAAACCAGAGGAUCUUCUUGCUAUUGUCAAAACAGUUCAAGAAACCGACGACAUUCGUGAUCUUGUAAACAGUAUGGCAAGAUCAUCAAUAAAACAAAAUGAAUCAACAAGAACAACAACAACAACAACAACAUCACGAUUCUCUGAUGAUGACCAUCAUUCAAGUGUCAAUACCAGAAUGAAUGAUCGAAAUCGUUUUAAUGAGGAUCGAAAUUCACCGCAUUCUUACAGUCCUGUACCUGAUCCUCAACAAAAUUCUCUUCAGUACCCAAAUCGUCAAUUGGACAGACUUGCCGAUCAAGCAAGAGAUAGAUCAAAUGAUAAUUCUGCACGUCGUGACAGUGGAAAAAAAUAA